CGUCGGUCCUGACAAGAAUUUUCGAACAGAGGUGGUUUCCCAAGCGCCGGGCACCAUGAGCAAGGAAAAGGUACUGUUGGCCUACUCGGGCGGUCUGGACACGAGCUGCAUUCUGAAGUGGCUGCUGGAGCAGCAGUACGAGGUGAUCUGUUUCAUGGCGGACGUAGGUCAAACGGAGGACUUUGCUGCGGCCCGCGACAAGGCCCUGAGGAUCGGUGCCGCGGAUGUGGUGGUGAAGGAUAUGAAGGAUUUUUUCGUCGAAAAGUUCGUCUGGCCCGGGGUGCAGAUGGGGCUGAUCUACGAGGAUCGCUACCUGCUCGGUACCUCGCUGGCGCGUCCCUGCAUCUCGAAGGGACUGAUGGAUGUGGCCGGGCAGCGCGGCUGUGCGUACAUUUCGCACGGUGCCACCGGGAAGGGAAACGAUCAGAUACGGUUCGAGCUGAGCUGUUACGCCCUGAACCCGUCCAUCCGCGUGCUGGCCCCGUGGAGGAUGGAAGAGUUCUGCCAACGGUUCCAGGGUCGCUCGGAUUUGCUCGAGUACGCCAAGCGCAACAACAUUCCCGUCAGUGCCACUCCGAAGUCGCCUUGGUCGAUGGACGCCAACAUUAUGCACAUCAGCUACGAGUCCGGUAUCCUGGAGGAUCCCUCCGUGGCGGCACCGGAUGAGAUCUACCAGCUGACGCAUUCACCGGCUCGCGCCCCGGACACACCGACGGUGGUCGAAAUUGUGUUCAAAGCGGGACUGCCGGUUCGCGUCACCGAGCUGAUCAGCGGCCGGACGAUGGAGAGGCCAGUGGAUAUACUAACGUUCCUGAAUAAAGUGGGCGGCGAGCAUGGCGUCGGUCGAGUCGAUAUUGUCGAGAACCGAUACAUCGGGCUAAAGUCUCGCGGUAUCUACGAAACCCCCGGCGUCACCGUGCUGCACUGUGCCCACCGGGACCUAGAAAUCUACUGUCUCGAUCGGGAGGUGCUGCGGGUGAAGAAGUAUCUCGCCGACCGGAUGGCAGACUACGUCUACAACGGAUACUGGUAUGCACCGGAAGCCGAGUACGUGCGUAAGUGCAUCAUUGAAUCACAGAAGCACGUUUGCGGCAAGGUUGUCGUGGAAAUGUUCAAGGGACACGUGAUGGUCAUAUCGCGCGAGUCGAUCAAUUCGGUGUACAAUCAGGAGCUGGCGUCGAUGGAAGUCCACGGUAACUUUACGCCCUACUCGGCCACCGGAUUUAUAGAGAUCAAUGCGCUGCGACUAAAGGAACACCACCGUGUCUUUGGUACGGCCAAUAUGACGAAGCAUUUUUCGCGCACCGAUUCGGAUAUGAAGCUGAUCUAAGGAAAACCAAAUCUACGACCAAAGAGUGAAUUCAGACAUUUAUUUUGAAAAAAAUAUACUA